GGAGUCAAAUGAUUUAUCUCUCAUGCUCCCUUUGUCGAGAAGUAAAUGGCCAGUAAACGUGUACUUUCAUCACAAAAAUAAAAACACAGGCGACUCUCUCUAGGGAGCAUGUCCAUGCCUCCCCCACCCCCCUUCCCCAGGUGCAUUUUCCUUGCCACUCUCUCCUAAACGCCAAGGGCUUUCCUUUUGCCUCUGUAACUUGUUUCCUAAGCCUAUUUGGUCUACAGCUUACUUCUCCUACCUCUGUGUCUUUCUAAAUAAGCUUUCUCUUAUAGUUCGAAAAAUAAAAAAAGAACACAAGAAAAAGGAUAGGGGGACGAGAAGGUCCCCACAACAGAGGCGUCAGCGCGAGAGAGAGGCAAAAAGAGUGGAAGGACGAUGCCGAAGGAAGAACCUGGGAUGACAACUACACGAAAGGCCUAGAAAGCAGCAGUCCCAUUUGAAAUUGGAGAGCUUUAGGAGGAGUGUCUCCAAGAAAACAGCCGCAGAGCUGUUUUCCAGGACUUUCCAUCGUCUUCAUCCUCCUCCUCACCCCGCCUUUAUAGGCUGAAACCCUGAGUCCUGCAUCACCUCCUUCACUCGCUCAUUUUGGAAAAGCACUUCCUCUAAUAGCUUCCUGAGAAAAGGAUCAUGAAAGCAAUAUUGCCACUUGCUUUACAGUCACACCUGGGGAUAGAAAAAGCACAAGAAUGUGCAGGACCCUAUUGUAAGUUCUUCUCAUCAACAAGAUAAAAAUGGGUGAACCUCCUCUGGAGAAUGGGCUGAUCCCUUACCUGGGAUGUGCUCUGCAAUUUGGUGCCAACCCUCUUGAGUUCCUCAGAGCAAACCAAAGGAAACAUGGUCCUGUUUUCACCUGCAAACUGAUGGGAAACUAUGUCCACUUCAUCACAAACCCCCUGUCAUACCAGAAAGUGCUGUGCCAUGGGAAAUACUUUGAUUGGAAAAAAUUUCAUUUCACUACUUCUGCAAAGGCAUUUGGGCACAAAAGCAUUGACCCGAGUGACGGAAAUACCACUGAUAACAUAAACAAAGCUUUCAUCAGAACUCUGCAGGGCGAUGCCUUGAAUUCCCUCACGGAAGCCAUGAUGGAAAACCUGCAACUUAUCAUGAGAACUCCAGCUGCACCUGAGUCAAAGAUGCCUACCUGGGUGACAGAAGGGAUGUAUGCCUUCUGCUACCGAGUGAUGUUCGAAGCUGGGUACUUAACGCUCUUUGGCAGAGAUCUUAUGGGACAAGACGCACAAAAGGCACUUAUUCUAAAAAAACUCGACAACUUCAAGGAAUUUGACAAAAUCUUUCCGGCCCUGGUAGCAGGCCUCCCCAUUCAUGUGUUCAAGGCCGCACACCAUGCCCGGGAAAAACUGGCUGAGGGCUUAAGGCAUGAGAACCUGGGAAAGAGAGACCACAUGUCAGAACUGGUCAGGUUUCUGAAUGACAUGCUCUCCACCUUAGACGACACGGAAAAGGCCAAGACGCAACUCGCUGUCCUGUGGGCAUCACAAGCAAACACCAUUCCAGCCACUUUCUGGAGCUUAUUUCAAAUGAUGAGGAGCCCCGAAGCAAUGAAAGCAGCUACUGAAGAAGUGAAUAAAACACUAGAGAGUGCUGGUCAAAAAAUCAGCUUAGAAGACCAAACUAUUUGUUUGAAUCAGAUGCAACUGAAUGACAUGCCGGUACUAGAUAGUAUCAUCAAGGAGUCGCUGAGGCUUUCCAGUGCCUCCCUGAACAUCCGGACUGCUAAAGAGGAUUUCACUCUGCACCUCCAGGACGGUUCCUAUAAUAUCCGCAAAGAUGACAUCAUAGCUCUGUAUCCUCAGUUAAUGCAUUUAGAUCCAGAAAUCUACCCAGACCCUUUGACAUUUAAGUAUGAUCGCUAUCUUGAUGAAAAUGGGAAGACAAAGACCACCUUCUACAGCAAUGGACUCAAAUUAAAAUAUUACUACAUGCCUUUUGGGUCAGGAGCGACGAUAUGUCCUGGAAGAUUAUUUGCUGUCCAGGAAAUCAAGCAAUUUUUGAUUCUGAUGCUUUCCUAUUUUGAACUAGAGUUUCUGGAGAGCAAUGUUAAAUGUCCCCCUUUGGACCAGUCCCGCGCAGGUUUGGGUGUUUUACCACCAUUAAAUGACGUCGAGUUUAAAUAUAAAUUCAAACAUUUGUGAAUACACGGCUGGGAGCAAGAGGAAAUUAGCUGAUGUGACAGCGUGUGGAAUGCCACCACUCCCCCGUCCACUUGGAGAGAUGCAUGUAGUGGUGUCGUGCUGGUCACCGGUGCUUGCUUGUGAAUCCUAACAUUUUGGUGAUGGUUUCAGCUAUCUCAGACUGUGUUAGUGAAAGAAUCUAGUUUCCAGAAGCACAAUGAUGUGUUUUCAUUUGAAUAAGUUAAUGAAAGCUCAUGUAGCCAGGGACUAAACUUCAUUAUUUUCAGAGGAAAAAGUCUUUUGUUUUCCCAAAUGAAGAUUUUCCAAUUGGCAGAAUUUUUUCCUAAGGAAAGUGCUUUUAUAAAAACCACCCAACAAUUGUGAAAAAGUUAUAAAUUCACGUUUUAGUGAAACUGCAUCAUUUUUUGACUAGAUGUGGAACUCUUCGGGUGUAGAUGUGUAUUAUAAAGGAUAUUUUAAAGGAUUAUGUUUUUUAAUGAAAAGAACAUGUUUUUAAGUUUUCCUUAGAUCCAGUAUUCAGGAAUUUUAAAAUAAUGAUCUGUUGUCCUGAUAACAUUAAAAUGGCUUUAAUAUUUUCCCUUUUUGUUUCACUUACUCUUUCUAUAAAAUCUAAUGUCUAUGUCAGGUUUCAAUUAUUUUAUUUAUACUUUCAUUUGAUUCUAUUUAAUGAGAAGAUUUUAUUUUCCAGAGAAGGGAGGUUUUCUGGUAUUACUAAACAUGCAUCAAUGAAAAGAAUGAAGCUCUCAUGUGAUAUGUUUUUAAAAUUAAAACUGGAUGAAAAUGACCAUUUAAAAGCUUUGGAUAUGAAACAUCAGAA